CUGUGUGAACGGCUAGCAGAACCGGAGAGGUAGCUUGGCUGCGACGAUAACAUGCACACCAAGCAUACCAAUUACUUACCCUCCCGCGCAAAGAUCCCUUCACAUUUUCAGACAAGUUUCGAAUCAACCAUCCGCGUGCCAACACCUAUAUAUACACUGCGAACCAUGGAACCAUCUCACCACUCGAUCACAGCCACCAUCGUCACACAAUCAAUCAAAGAUUCAGAGCCAGCAUUCGUCAGAACACCAUAGCUACAUCGAUCAUUCCUUGCCUACGCUUCUUCAUGGCGGCGGCGGCCAAGAAGAACCAGCAAACACCACCGGCGGCGGCAACCGCCGACCCCAAGUUCGAGUGGGCGGAGAAGGCCGGCAGCUACGUGCUCCGCCUCCCGCUCCCAGGCUUCAGGAAGCAAGACUUCAGGGUGCAGAUCGACGGCACCGGCAGGCUCACCGUCCGCGGCACGAGGACAGGCGCAACCGGUCGUCCAUGCUCGUUACUCAAGGUAUUCCAGCUUCCAUCUGCCGCCAGCCUCGACGACGUCGCCGGCAGGUUCGAGGCCGGCGUGCUCACACUCACCGUGCCCAAGCGCGCCGGGGGUGCGGGUGUGGCCAAGGAGGAAGAGAACAAGUUGGCCGGCAGCGACCGCGAGGCCAAGGAAGAGAUCAGCAAGGAGGAUGUGUUCAACAAGUCCGUGGAUGAGGCAACCAACAAGACUCAACAAAACAAGCAGCAGCAGGAGGAGGAGAAACACAGCAGGCGCAACAAAGAACAGGACAAGCCAGCGCCGACGCCAGUGAAGAAGGAAGAAGACGUGAAGCCGGCGCCUGUACCCGAGGCUGCCAACCGCACCGACAAGGCCAAUGGCACGAUUGCCCCUGAGGGUCUGGCCGAGAGGGUAAGGCGCCGCAGUGAGGAAGAGCAUGCCAAUGAUGCUACGAUGGGGGCGGCCAAGCGACCGAAAAUAGAUGGCGAGAAGAAGGCGACGGCAGCGUGCGGCGGCUGGAAGGAGCGCAUGGCGGUGGACCUGAAGGUGCUGACAGACAUGAAGUGGGCGGACGGCGUGGUGGAUGCAGCGAGGAAGAACAAGGAGGUGGUGGCUGUUGGCAUCGCCGCCUUCGCGCUUGUUGGGCUCCUCGUCUCCCAGAAACUCUUCAGGAAGUGAAGCUGUAAAUGUACUCAGUAAAGCUGCGACUCAAUUACGUACAUAUUGACACGAC